AUGAACGGACAGGGAUCAAACAUUCCUGUAAGUGGCCAACAAUCCAAAGGUGGAGCCCACAGGGGUAGAGUUCGAGGUCAGAAUCUAGCAGAAAAUGGGCCUCGCAAUAUCCCCAUGUUGCGCGUGCAAGCAGACACUCCUAUUCCCACAUCAACCCACAGUACCCCAGGCCCUGGGGAUCAAGGCAGCUCACUUCCUGCCAUCCACACCCCACGAUCGCUCAUCGCCAAUGACAGAUCCACACUAACACUUGGGAAAAAUGGAUCCAGCCAUAAAACUAAUCCAGAGAUCACGUCUACGAACAUUAAGCAUCUCAAAAUUGUACCUAGAGCGACGAGUACAUUUCCAAACAAGCUUCGGAAUCAGGAGGUUCUCUCCGGGGGCUAUGGACCUCAGUGUGUGUCUCUGGCACCUCGCAACAGCAACAACAAUAACCCCGUAGCCACGACACACAGCAGCAACAUGUGUGCUGUCAGCAGCAGCUGCAACAACGGAAAGUAUUUCAGCAUGAGCAAUUCUGUUGGGAAUAACGGACACAGCUUGAGAGGAUCAGUUCCUUUUCCGCCAAGGUUGCCAACGGUCAAUGCUACUGCCAGCUGCACUGAUUCGAUUAACAGAUCGAAUCAAAUGACUCUGCCAGUCCUGCAGACACUGUACACCCACACGCCGACACCGAGUGAUGUCACCAGCAUUGUCUCUCGGUCUGCGCAGUCACUUAGAAGCAGCCUAAUUACACCUGCCAUGUCACUGACUUCAAAUAAUGAACGAGCAUCGCUUCAGUCUCAUGGUUCGCAACUUACUUCCAGCAGUAUGGUAGGCUCAACGUCUAAGCACUUCAAAGACGGCGAUUCUUCUAAUACUAAACACGUUUUCCUACAACCUUCCCUACCUAAGCAUCAAGACUGGCAGCAUUACAAGCCCUUGUCAUCGGCCCCUUCUUCAGCCAUGGACGGAAGCGACAAUGAUUCCCACAGCAUUGCUGUCCCCGACAAUACUACCUCUAACUACAACCCAGACUGCAAUCUAUCACCACAUUACGGUACUGACAUCUCAUCGUUUCCAUCUCGGUUUACCAGCCCUACCCACUCGGCCAACAUCUACACAAGAACGGCCAAGAAGCGAGCCCUGUCUAUUUCUCCAUCGCUGUCUGAUGGCUUGGAUCUAACCUACAUCAUCCGUCUAUCACCAACAUCCCUGGCAUCAUAUCUGGUAUCCAGGACAUCAUCCACAAGUGGAUCGCCCCAGCCCGGCCAACAGGGAUCAUUUUCUCAUUUAUCCGCUAGAAACAGCAGUCCAUACUCUCAGAAUGGAUCUGCGAAUAAAUGUCCUGGUGGAAGCUUCACACCUUUCAGUAUGGGCCCAACAGAGAAUAGUAUUAUGGAUGAAAUUAUGAAUAACUUUUAUGUCGCCCCACAAAGUGAAAUGCCUUUUAUUGAAUACAAUUAUUCGGUUGGAAAUUUUCCAAGUGGCUUAAAUAUGCCAGGAGAGUAUACGCAUGGUAUACAAGAUGGGUCAAUAAAUCAUAGCUAUUCAGACACAGGUUGUCAGGGGCAACAAGUAAUGGGAGACUUCUCUGUAUGUUCUGUACAGUCAAGUUGUAUGUUGUCAGGUAGAGUUGAGAUGGUCAGUACUAAUGUCAAUCGGGAUAUACAAAGCAUGAGUAAUUGCACUUCGGUGAACGGUAUACCAUCACUUCCUUCCUACAGGGAAGCUGUGGAACAGAAUCAUCAUCACCAUCGUCAUCCUCGCCAUGAACUACAAAAUUUGCAUCUUAGUCCCUAUUACCAGUCACACCAAAAGAACCUACAGCAGAACUAUUCACUAACCCACCAGAAUCAUCAGAACGGUCAGUAUGCUCAACAUUUGCAACAGCACCACCUCCAGGUAAAGCCUGGCGUACAGGAUAUCAAUCAUUGCCUCCAAGCCAUGAGUCCAGGGUUGAGUCCCUGCCUCCAAGUUAUGAGUCCAGGUUUGAGUCCCUGCCUGCAGGUGAUGAGUCCAGGUGUUCAACUCAUGAGUCCAUCAGGUGUUCAGCUAAGUCCAAGUGGGGCUCAAGGAAUACACCCUAUGGGAUUAAGUCCUGCUCUACCGAGCAUGAACUCGUCAUCGAUGAGCCCUGUAUAUAUUCCUGAUAGCAGCGCACACAUGUCCCAGAAUUCUGUGCUGCAAGAAGAUCGUGAGGAGGAUGACCCCACUAUUUGCCGAUGGAUUGACUGUGGUUUAAUGUUCAAGGAACAGGAGGAGUUGGUUAGACAUCUGGAGAAAGUUCACAUCGAUCAGAGAAAGGCUGACGAAUUCACUUGCUUUUGGCAAGGCUGUCCUCGCCAGUUCCGCUCGUUCAAUGCUCGCUACAAGCUUCUCAUCCACAUGAGAGUUCAUUCAGGAGAGAAACCUAACAAAUGCACGUUUGAUGGAUGCACUAAAGCAUUUUCAAGACUGGAGAAUCUUAAGAUACAUCUCCGAAGUCACACUGGAGAGAGACCAUACCACUGCCAACACCCUGGCUGUGAGAAAGCUUUCAGUAACUCUUCAGACAGAGCCAAACAUCAGAGAACACAUAUAGAUACGAAACCAUAUGGUUGCCAAGUCCCAGGCUGCAGUAACCGCUACACAGACCCUAGCUCUCUCCGCAAGCAUGUGAAAAACCACACCAAAGAGCAGCAACAACAACAGAAAAAGAAGUUGAAGAAGGAAAGUCUGGAUGCAGCUGACAUUGUGAACACCUGUCUAACCAUACAGCAGAUCAAACCAGAAGGGUCACCAAUGGAUUUCAAUGAGAACAGCAUGGGAAGGUCACCACACAUGGGGGCCAGCUGUGAGAUAUUCCCCAGUUUCAGCUUUUCCAGCUCCCACUCGAGCAGAUGCGGCACGGCGACGGCCGUCACCAACAUGACCAGCCAGCAGUCUCCCGGUAGCAUGAACACUGGAACUCUGGGAGUUCUUGAAGAGACCAAUCAUAGCAUUUCUAGAUACCUACCACCCCUAAACAAUGGGCUGAGUCCUCGACCUCUGCCACCAAUCCCUCACCAGAUGGUGCCACAGAUGGGUAGCAUGCACAGUGGACAUUAUGGACAUGAUUUGUACUCAUGUAGCCAACACAUUACAGACAUCUCCAACACCAUGCACCAACAAUAUGUCAGACCACAGUACCCACAAUCCCUAGCAGGCUUCAACAGCUGCCACAUGGGUGCCAUGCAAGCCCAGCGAAUGAUGAACAUGCAAGGUUUCGACCCAGAAUCCUUCAGCGUUCCUCUUGAUGGUGUCUCACAGUCAGGUUUUUCUGAAGCAAAUCUGAUGCCUUCUAUAGAAACACUUACAGUGCAAAGUGAGCCCAGCAUGCAACAGUAUCUGCAGUUGACAGCAGUUGACCGAUGUAAUAGUCGCACUUCUGUGUUUGCAGAUGGAACAAGCUGA